AUGGUUCCAGUACAUAUUGAAAGAGGUGGGAAACCUGUACCACCUCGUGAGGAAAAUAGGAAAAUUGUAACGUUCAUGAAGCAAGGUCAAGUGUUUGAGCUUCAAGAACCUGUGAACCUCACAUGUGCUUUGGAGGAAACUAAUCAUAGAGGGUGGUUUCCACUGCACAAGGCUACAGCUUGGCCAAUUCCACAGAUACUUGCAGUCAUUUUAGAUGCCUCUUAUGAAACAAUGUUGGAAUACAAAACAUGCAAUGGAGAAACAGCAUUAAGCUUGACAGCAAAAGCUGGCUUUGUGGAAAAUGUGUGAAUGUUACUGGAAAACAGUGUUUAUCCCAAUACCUCAAAUUACAGAGGAGAAACUCCACUUCUUAUUGCUACAAGAAGGGGCUCUUUUGAAAUGGUAUCCACUCUGAUUAAAUACAACUGUACUAUCUACCAGCUGUGCAUGAAAUGUUGGUCAGCAAUGCAUGAAGAUGCCAAACAGAUAUGCAAAGACAUUGUUGAUCUUCUGAAGAAUGGUGGAAAUGUGAACAUUUAGGAUGAGUAUUGAGUAACAUCAUUAGAUGUUGCUGAUGAAUAUGGUCAAUGUGAUGUGCUGGAGCAUCUUAAUCGUAAAGGUAUGUUCUGUAUCCUCCUUCAGUGUGGAGAUGUCCAGGCCUUAGCAGGUGAUCAUGCAUCAGUACUGUUUAAAGUAGCUGGAGGAGGUAAUCCAGACUGCAUAGCCCUUCUUUUGGAAUAUGGAGGAAGGGGUAAUGUGCAUAAUGAGGCCAGACUGCUUCCCAUACACAAAGUGGCUUAUUAGAGAUUUAACAAGGAAGUUUUAAGAAAUCAUGAGGCAGGAUUCUGGAAUUUCUCUUUCUUUCCUAACUAAUGGAGUAGAUAUGUUUCCAGAGAAAUAUCUCUAUUGAACAAAACAGUGACAAAAAUUCCAGCAAUAUUUUAAUAUUUUUUUUUCGUUCAGGUCUGUUUGCAUAAAUUAAGUGUUCACAAAGAUUACAAGUCAAAGAAAAUGACUUUUAAAGUAACAUUCCUAGACAUCAUUUUAUGACUGUUGAAGGUCACUGCUAAAACUUUGUUUAAAUUAUCUUGUCUAAUUGCUUUAAAAUGUAUUAUUUUGGCAUUUUUCUGCACAGAUUUUGAAAUUACUACUCGAUAUGUUGUCUCUUUCAGUUCUGUUAGUCUAUUGUUUUUCCUUGAUUGAAACAUUUAGCAGAAAAAGUGGUUUGUGUUUUUAUAGAUUACAUGGAU